UAAAUCUAGAAGUUAGAAAAGACCAGCAGGAUAAAUACAAUCAGCUGCGGCAGGAGAGCAUCUCAAAGAGAACAUAGAACAAGUGUGGAAUUAAAACAAAUACUAGGUAUAACUAUGAGAUGACAAGAGUUCAGUUGGGAAGGCAACAACAAAAUAAGAGAUACCUGAUCUCUAAAAUCAAAUGCUAAUGCACAAAAUCCCUCCUUUUCCUCUUAAAAGAUAAUAAUGCACAAACUCAGACAAAUGGCAAUUGCAUUGGCUCCUCAGCCACUACCUAAGAUCCACUAUAAAUUGUGGCAGUGGAGGCACUCCCGAAAGGCACCCAAAUAAGCAAAUAAAUCCUAUUAGUCUUUUGGAGCAGGAGAAAGCAAAACUGCCAUGGGCUUGCCACAUGCACUCGUCCUACCAUACCCGGCACAAGGCCAUGUCAUCCCCCUACUGGAGCUCUCUUACUGCUUGAUCGAUGAUGAUUUCAAGAUCACAUUUGUCAAUACUGAAUAUAACCAUAAGUGUGUUCUUGCCAACCUGUCCAAGAAGGAAAGUGAAAUGAAGGGAAUAAAUUUGGUUGCAGUACCAGAUGGAUUGGAUCCUGAAGAAGACCGCAAAGAUCUUGGGAGGCUUAAUGAUGCUUGUCAAAAGACCAUGCCUACAUGUUUGGAGGAAUUGAUACGAAGGACUAACGAGUCAGGAGAUGACAAGAUCACAUGUAUGAUAAUCGACGUUAGCAUGGCAUGGGCUCUUGAGAUUGCUAAGAAGAUGGGACUUCGGGCAGCUGCAUUCUGGCCAGCAUCGGCCGGGAUAUUGGCACCAACGUUGAGCAUUCCCAAGUUAAUUGAGGAUGGUGUCAUUGAUCCAGAGGGAAUACCAAAGCAACAGAUGUUCCAACUGGACCCAGACAUGCCACCCAUGAACUCAAAUCAUUUAGUGUGGACUUGCUUUAGUGACCCCGAAUUACGACAAAAGCUUUUCAACUACAUAGAGAACACUAUUCGAGCAAUCGAGAUUGCUGAACACAUAAUUUGCAACUCAUUUAAGGAGAUUGAGCUUCCAGCAUUCACCUAUGCCCCAAAUAUAAUUCCUGUGGGACCAUUACUGACAGGUGAGCGGUUUGGAAAGCCUAUUGGUCACUUCUGGCCUGAGGAUGCAACUUGCAUGGCUUGGCUCGACGUGCAGCCAGCCAACUCAGUCAUCUAUGUGGCCUUUGGGAGCUUAACCAUCAUUAACCAAAUCCAAUUCCAAGAACUUGCUCUUGGGCUUGAGCUCUCAGGAAGAACAUUUUUGUGGGUAGUGAGGCCAGACCUAACCAGUGAGACAAGUGAUGCCUAUCCAGAAGGCUUUAGAGACCGAGUUAUGACAAAGGGAAGGAUGGUGGGUUGGGCACCUCAACAGAAGGUUUUGGCUCACCCUUCUAUCGCUUGUUUCAUAUCCCAUUGUGGCUGGAAUUCAACACUGGAAGGGAUAAGGAAUGGAGUGCCUUUCUUGUGUUGGCCUUACUUCGCUGACCAAUUCCUCAACCAGAGCUACAUUUGCGAUGUUUGGAGGAUUGGUUUGCAGAUGACAGCUAAUAAGAGUGGGAUCAUAACAAAGGAACAUAUCAAGUCAAGAGUGGAAGAAUUGCUUGGUGAUGAGACAAUGAGGGCAAGAGCAAUAGAGAUGAAGGAAAUGGCAAAUAGAUCUGUCAUCAAAGGAGGGUCUUCAUUUGAGAAUCUUAAAAGUUUUGCUGAUGCCAUGAAACAAUGAAGAACUUGAUGAAAAAGUGAGAAUGAAAGACUCGUGCUGUCAAGAUGUGCCAGUAAGGGUUUUUCUCACGAAAAAGAAAGUGCUAUGCCUGAUCAAGUUUGACUACAUAACCUGUAUGAGAUUUGUUUUAACUGGAAAAUGUGCUUUUUAGCACUGGCUAGUGCACAUGAAAUGUUCCUUGGGCCUACAUAAUGUUGGCUUGGCAACUCAGUAUUCAAUCACCUCAUUGCUCACUUAUUCUUGCAAGUUACACUCAUCCCCUAUAUGCUGGCACCAAUAGUAUAACUCAUUAAACAUCUCAUUUUCAACAUGAAAAGUUGAAGAAUAAUUCCUUAUAUUUGUCUAAUGCACAGAAAGAUCAUAAGAAACUAUUUUAUUUGAUUUUUGGUUCACCUUUCUUCUUGGGGUACCUCAUCUAUCUUAAGAAGCUAGAUAAAAUCAUAUUACACCUUGCAGACAGGGAAAUAAACAAACAUAAUUAUCUACAACAGAAAGAAAUCAAUCAGAAGGACAGAUAGAGUUAUUUAAAAUAUGGGAAUAAAAACAUACAGAAUUCCUAUAUAAAAUAUUCAAGAUUAAGAUAUGUGAAACUGAAUUCUCAUAGAGAAUGAAAUCCACUAUGCAGGGAGCUGUAAUCACCAAUGAUCACAUGGCGAGAUCAAAUUUUGGUACUUCCAUAUGAUUAAGAUACUUUGCAAACAUGCUCCGCCAUAUUAAAGAACAGAAAAGUAUAAGAAGAAAGUUACAAGAGAAUUUCAGUCCAAGGGUUUGUUAUAAAAGCACUAUAAGAUGAAUACUCCAAGAUACCAUGACAGUGCUAUCAUAGGCACAAAAUGA